AUGUUGACGACUUUAGGAUUCAAAACGGGAGGUUUUAUAGACGAGGAGAGGAGUCCUCAGUUGGGGCCUUAUAUGGAUGGGGCUCACUACGUGCUCGUUUCCGUCAUGAUCCUAUACGCCUCGAAGAUCGACAGCGAGUAUGCUGGACUGGACGAGUCGCCCGUGCACCUCGCCAUCCUGUUUCCGCUCAUCGCGUUUCCCCCUGCCCCCUCCCUUCUCAUUGACGUGAUCAAUCACUGGGCGACGCUGCACGUGGGGUGCGCCAAUCUCAAUUUUUCCGCAGCCCUUGCGCACCACAACCGCAUGCACCAGCACAGCCUCGCCUCCUGGCCAAUCACAAUCACGCCACGUGGGGUGGUGAAAGCAGUUGGGUCACUCAGGUGGGUCUUCUACCGCCACCAUUGGUUCCUGGCGGCGCAUCUACACUUGCUGGCGGCGCAUCUGCACUUGCUGGCGGCGCAUCUACACUUGCUGGCGGCGCAUCUGCACGUGCUGGCGGCGCAUCUGCGCUUGCUGGUGGCGCAUCUGCACUUGCUGGCGGCGCAUCUACACUUGCUGGCGGCGCAUCUGCACUUGCUGGCGGCGCAUCUACACUUGCUGGCGGCGCAUCUACACUUGCUGGCGGCGCAUCUGCACUUGCUGGCGGCGCAUCUACACUUGCUGGUGGCGCAUCUGCACUUGCUGGCGGCGCAUCUGCACGUGCUGGCGGCGCAUCUGCACUUGCUGGUGGCGCAUCUGCACUUGCUGGCGGCGCAUCUACACUUGCUGGCGGCGCAUCUGCACUUGCUGGCGGCGCAUCUACACUUGCUGGCGGCGCAUCUACACUUGCUGGCGGCGCAUCUGCACUUGCUGGCGGCGCAUCUACACUUGCUGGUGGCGCAUCUGCACUUGCUGGCGGCGCAUCUGCACUUGCUGGCGGCGCAUCUACACUUGCUGGUGGCGCAUCUGCACUUGCUGGUGGCGCAUCUGCACUUGCUGGCGGCGCAUCUGCACUUGCUCUGCACCUGGGGCGGGCAUGUAGUAUUUCCCCCUUUCCCCCUCUUCCCCUUCCCCUUUCUCCCUUCCCACACCAUCCCGUUUCUCUUUUCCCCCUUCCGCUACCAUGCUCCCACGUCUCCCCCUUCCGCUACCAUGCUCCCACGUCUCACAGGACUGCCCGCACAGCCAGCAAGCGGUGAAACGUCAGGAAGCAAAUGGCAAGGGGAUGGUGAGUGGUGCAAGGGGAUGAUGAGUGCAAUGGCGUAUGCCCUGUUCGUGCAGCCCAAAUUUUCUUUCCUCUGCACCUGCUUCCCUAUCUCCCUUCAUCCCCCCAACCCCCUCAACAUCACGUUCCCCAUCUCCUCCUCCCCCCCUUUGCUGGCAGCAUGA